AUGGGAGAGUUUCAAUCUUUGGAUCAGCUACCGUUGAAUAUAAUAUUUCAAAUUCUCACGUACUUGAGUAUACAAGACCUGCGGAAUGUUUCACAAACGUGUAAGACUUUGAGGGUACUCUGUAAUGAGAGCAUUGCCUACAAUAAAUAUAUGAAAGAUCCAGCUUGCGGGAACCAGUGGUCAGGAGGGUUUAUCCAUCAUUUGUUGGCUAUGUACAACGAUGAGGGGUUACUGUGUUGUUUUCCUAGCAAAAGAGCUACUAGUGAGACAUUGAGAUAUGUACAAAGUUGUAUGCGGUUAGGAUCACUGAGGUUAAUCACUAUGUUGGGUAGUCUGAGGCCUGGUUCACAAUCAUCUGUAAAAAGAGCUGGUGGUUAUUUUAUUUCGUUAGACGCGGGCGACGACGACAAUGAAUCCUACAAAUUUGGAGGAGACAUUACGUACUUCAGUGAGCAAGAAUUCCAAUGUUAUGAAAGUAUAGAGGAUGCAUCAGCAGAACCAGGCGAUCAAGAAGAUUUGGAAGCUAAUGGAUUAAGAAGGGCUAAGGAUACAGAUAUGGAUAUGGAACCGGAAACGUGCAGGAGCAGUAGUACAGCUCCCCCAAUACCUAGUCUUCUGUUUAAAACCAGCCUAAAAAAAAUGGGUAUGACAAACGGGUUCUACCAACCAGCUUAUCUAACUGCCUUUCCUAGUAAACUAUUCAAGGAGCUGCGACAGAGAGAAGCGGUUACCGAGGGUAAUUCAAUAGACGGAGAGAUGAGCAGUGAUUUAAGACAGCCUGCUACAAUUAAGGGUACUCCUUCGAAAAGGGGAACUCGUCGCUUCAAACUUGGACAGAACGGAGAAGAAGACAAUUUCCUCGGAGAUGACGAACAUGAAACUGACGCUGACGAAGAAGAUGACAGACACAGGCUGACACCAUCCUCAAGAAUGCCCGCUAACUUUAACGUCUCACCCCGUUCCUCGAAUGGCGGCUCGGACAACUCUAUAUUCUCCGACCUCAAACUUACGGACUCAGAACACAGAGCGUGGACAAUGGGCUUUGAAUUAGACCCGCUAUCAGACUCCACUAAUGAACUUGACUCUGGGUCCUCCAGAAGCUUCCUGAAGAAGUUGCAAAAUCCAAUGCGCGUUAGAGAAAAGGCUGUAUUAUUCGAUAUGUUACUCAACAAAGAGGAUAAGCCUGCUCCUCCUAAAGCCCCUGCUUCAGGAGAAGGUACUAAGCGCAAACUAAGGGAUAAUUACAUGCGAGAGAUUGAUCGCCAUAACUCCAAGCCAGCAUUAACUGCUCGAACAAUUGCUGUAUUUGACAACGAAAAGUGCUUAAAGGGAAGGUAUGAAGAUCUAUGGCAGCAAAAAGAAGCCACAGACACUGAUUCCACUCCCACGAUACGACGCAAGAGAAAACAACUUAAAGCAUUUGUGACUGAUGGCAAUAAGAUUUGUUACGAGAGAAUUUAA